UACUAUAUGAUUAAUCAUAUUUAUGUCAUGUGUCAAUAAUCGUGUUGUCAACAAUCGUUGACAACUUCACAGACAGUUGACUGUCUGAAUAGAGCUUUUUCUCGCACGUAUGAAGUUUUGACAGUUCGAUAGAACAGUUGUUAUUGUUUUGUAAUUCAUCGAUAAUUGUGCAAAAAUAAGAAAUUUUCUUAAUUUUUCAUGAUAUCUGAGACAAAUGUGAAACAUGGCAAAAAUCAACAUAAAACAGUUUAUGGCUAAUCCAGGGAGUCUCACAAGAUCAACAUGAUUUCACGAAAAAUUUCAUCAAAGUCAUUAUUGAAGCACAAGUGCACAAGCUAAUUCAUUAUUUUCUAUUGAUAUUAAUGAAUAUUUAUGAUAUAGCUUCUACUCUUACUUAUCUUGAAUAUAAUUGAUGCUAAACCAAAAUGGAAUUGUCAAAAGAAAUAAUCGAUGGCCUAGCAAACAUUCAAAGUAGCAACAUUUUACCCGAAGAAACAUUUCUGCAAUUAUUAGACGUCACAGUAUCUUACAUCUGUAAGAAUACCAGCGAUGGAAAAAGCAUCGCCAGUAUAUAUCCAUCCAAGUCAGAUCUGGUGAAGGCUGCCAUUGCCAGUAUAUCCUGCCUCUUUGUAGAAGCUGCUAGACACGACUACGACGAGGAGAAUUUAAAAAUCUUCCUACGCAAUGAGCAUAUUAAUGGACAGAGGAUUGAAAAGUUGUGUAGCACUUACAUGAACAAUAAGCAAGAGAUUCAGACGCAAUUGGAGUUGACAGGAGACAGCAUAGCACACGUAGUGGAUGUCGAUUGGAGUUUACAUCACUGCGUUAAGAUUAGCACUUGUUGCUCUACCGACAUGCCAACUUAUAAUAUUCGAUUGGGCACGAGAAAGUGUAACGAAAUGAAAUACGUAACAUUUACAUGCACCAUACAACAGCUGCAAGAGCUAGUGUACAAAUUGAAGGAUGCUGUAAGGCACAUUGAAAAGAUCUCUAAUAUAUAAAUGAUCUAUUGAUUUACAAUUUGGAAAUACAUUCUCCCGUUGCCUCGACAGCAACGUGUACAUACGAAGGAUGCUUUAUAUCGAGUAAUAAACAGUUUUUAUGUAGGUGCAAUCAAUUAUAUUUUUGCAUUAUUAAUGAAAGGAAUAUCUCCUAAUCCGUGUAUAGAAUUGCUAUUGCGUAACUUUUAUAUAUUUAUAUGUGCAUAUGCGAGUGUGCACACAUAUAAACAUAACAGGGUGUCCCAUUUUAAGUCAGAGAGUAAAAUAUCUCAAAAACUAGGCCCAGCAAACAAAAAUAUUUCAGACAAAAGUUGUAUGGUU